CGACGCGCCACGGUUUCUUCUGCCGAAUGAAUCACUUCCGAAUCACCGAUGAAUGAUAUUAAAAUGCGCUUUUCAAAUACGUUAUUAUACCAAAAUCUAUAGUGCAGAAUUUCAAUUACAAUAUCGCAUACGACGCAAGCAUCACUGCAAAUGCGUAAUCAGAAGCAAUGCGAAUUCUCUAAGUAAAUCAAGCGCAAAACGCUUAUGCGACAAAUUCGAACGGACCGACUUGUCACCCAAUGCGGGUUCUGUCAAUACGUUUAUCACAUUAUUUUUAAUGUAAUGAGAAUAGCAAUGAAACUCAUUCUACUCGAUAUCAUUGUAUAUGUGCUGGGUCGUGCGAACUGAAAACAACAUGCAAAAUGCCAAUUUGAAACUUUUUCUCGUACAUACAUAUAUUUAAAUUCUAUAACCCUAAAAAUUUCCCCGUCAACGUUGUACCCAAAUAAACGAAACGCAUCUCUAGUCGAUUAAAAGUAGCAAAAUGAUUCCGAUGUCAAGGUUAGAAAUAAAUGUUAGAAGACUUUUAACACGUUGUGAACUUAUGGCUAAAGAUGAUCAGCAAACCGACUGGAGACUUGAGAAGUUCAUACUGGCACUCGAUGAUUUCGUAAACGAACUGCAAACAUUGCCAAAUAAACCAUCCAAAGAUACCAUUACUGAAUAUAUUAGGCGAGUUGAAUUUUUGAAGGGUGUUGUUGGUACUGCAAAAUUAUCAAACCCUGUGGAGAGGGUAGCCGCAGUUCAAAUGUUAUCCAAGACUCCGGUAUCCAGUACAGAUACAGUGCGGCCUAAUAUUGCAACACAAAUACAUCAAAAAACAACUGCUAAAUAUACUAAGGAACUACGAGAUGAGUUAUUCAAUAAUGAUAAAGGAUUGUCUGAUGAUGGUCUGAGGCAAAGAUUUUCCAACACUAAUGCUCACGAGGAGAACUUGGAUGCAAUUUUAAAAUAUAACCGCAACAUACAAGAGAAAAUAGCUGAGAAUAUGCUCUCAAUGAUUGGUAACAUGAAAGAGCAUGCUCUCACUGCCAGAACGGUGAUCAAAAACGAUAUCGGCUCUUUAGAGAAGUCAGAGAAAUUGACAGACAUCAACACAGAUAAGUUGAAGAAGGAAUCUGUUAAAUUAGAAGAACACACAAAAUCGAAUUGGAGGUGCUGGGUAUGGGUAAUGGUUGCGUUUGUACUUGUCGUGUUUUUCAGUAAGUACACUAUAAUGCUCUGUACUUGCGACAAAUAUAUAGUACUUCUGUCUCUGAUUCCUAUUCAUUGUUGUUUCCAGAUAUGGUGCUUUUUAUGAAAAUUUCAAAGAAGAAAUAAUACACAUUCCUAAUUCUAUUUAGUUCCAAUAUUAUCAGGUCGGUGAGGGUCCAUGAGAUGUUUCAGUGAUACCCUGCUUGCACUCAGAAAUGUUGAAUUUUUUGCUUAUCUAUAUUUAUAUUUGUAAAUAAAUGAAAAAUAUUAAU